AUGGUACCAAGACCCGAAGACACCAAGGCAGUCUCUGUUACCCCAUUAUCUACCAGAGAUCAGCAGCAGCAACAGGUAGCAGGGGAGCAGUCCAUGAACUAUUGGGAUACCCAAGAAGAGCAUCAACUGCAAGAGGUGGCAACCACGGUGGAUCAUCUGAAGAACCUGCUGGUCCAAGAGAAGUCGCACUAUGCGCCUUGCAUGGAUUAUCUGGCAGUGAUUUCCUCCAACCAGUCGGGUUCGGCGGUCAGCAGCGGCGGCGACCGGGUGAACGAAGCUUGGAGGCGCAAGCUGUGCGAGUGGUGCUUUGAAGUGGUGGAUCACUUUGGCAUGGAACGAGAGGUUGUCUCUGUGGCCAUGAACUACCUGGACCGGAUUGUGGCCAAGACUCUUCAAGUCCACGGACAAGAUCAUCACAUUGCCAAGCGAGAGUUCCAGUUGGUGGCGGUGGCAUCGCUCUACAUUGCUGUGAAACUUCAUGGCGAGACGGACGAUAUUCAUAUGGAUCGACGAAGACUCAAUGUGGAUGUCUUUGUUGAGCUGAGCCGCGGGUUCUUCAAUGCAGAGAAGAUUGAAGCUAUGGAGUUAUCCAUCCUCUUUAAUCUGGAUUGGCAUCUGAACCCACCGACGCCCCUCAAGUUCAUUGCCUCCAUGAUGCGGCUCAUUCCGACAUGGCCCGCGACGUGCGAGAUGGGGUAUCCUCAAGCUGACUUUCAGCGGGUCUACAAGGCUAUCUUUGAUAUCUCCAUGUUCCUGACGGAGCUGUCCGUCUGUCUCUCUACCUUUACUUUCCAUUCCAAGAACUCCAUUGUGGCCUAUGCAUCAAUCCUUUGUGCCAUGGAGGCUCUAGAAGAUGCGUUGCCCCUCCCGUAUGAAACACGGGUCCAGUUUGUCAACCAGGUGGCUGCAGCCACAGGAUUGCUCCCAGAAUCUGACCAGGUGCGGUGCGUCCGGAACCUCCUCAAGGAGCUUUGUCCGGCCAUUGAAGAGCGAGAUGUGGCAUCCCUUAUCAUGAUGGGAGGGGAAGAAGAGGACGAUGGGGGCAAGGCGUCGCCUAUCUGCGUUAGCUACGCUACGGCAAACAACGACCUGAUCUACAAGCAUCACUAUUACUAA